AUGUUGAUAUGUUAUGAUUUGGCAUUUGACAUAGCAUUUCUAGUGAAGAGUGCAAAGAUCAUUCCGGAAUUGUACAGACCCGCGUUGAUAAUCUUAAUAAUAUCGGGAUCAAUCAAUAUAAUGUUUGGGUUUGCAAUUAUAAUACAUCAAAGGUAUUAUAAUCCAGCUUUUUUGGGUUGGUUUCGAGAGCAUCAUAGAUUCGCAGCGGUGAUAACGGUGUUUUCUGCGGUAAACAUACAAGCGUUAAAGGUUGUUUCAUCAAAUUUCGGAGGAAUGGACUUAUAUAGUGCGAGAUAUUCCGCUAAUGGACAAAGGGCCAUUGCCUGGGUUGGAGUUUUAAAUUUUGGUUUUCAAGAUAUACCUCAGCUAGUUAUUUUGGUAAAGUAUUGGACCAUGACGGAAGGUUACACAUUUAUUCCAUUUAUCAACCUGAUUUUAAAUGUUGUAAUUUUAUUCCUUGACUUCUUUGGAAGGAUCUAUGAUGCCGUGAUAAUUACAAAUGAUGAAGAUGGUACCACGCGUAAUUUAAACAAUCGGUCAGCCGAUAGUACUCAUCAGUAUAGUAUGCGAGUUGGCGCUCCUUAA